AUGAGCUCUGCCGAAACGGGUGACCCGGCGCGUAAGCGCGCGCGCGAGGAUGAAGGUGGCGACGCGGCGUCCGAACCCAGCGUCGUUAGGUCUCAAGACUUCUACUUCAACGACGGCACCAUCGCCCUCCGAGCGCUAUCUAAGGAUAAAAACUGUUACACGAUAUAUCGUGUCCACAAGUCGCUCCUUGCUCUACAUUGCUCAGUAUUUCGCGAUAUGUUCGGCGACACCGAUACCAUACACUUCGACGCCGCAUCUGAGAAGUAUGACGGCGUGCCACUCAUGCACCUACACGACGAGCCGGAAGAUAUAAGAGACUUCUUGAAAGCGCUUUAUGAUCCCGCGUUUAUGCACCGUCAUCUAGACCACAAUCUCUGUUACAUGAAGAAUUUCCCCAGGGCAUACAAUAAAGUGAUGCGACUUGCCAAGAAAUAUGGCUCGCAGAAGCUGCUCGACGUCUUCGCUCAUGCACUUCGUCAAGAAUGGCCAUCUAAAUUGAAGCUUGUUUCUGCUGUACGCCAGUCACGAGCAGCGAAGUGUGAGGUUCUCGAAGAAGAGGAUGAUGAGUUCGAUGACGAAGAUCACGAUCACAAUGUGAAACCCGAUCCUGCUUGGACAAUCAGAAUGGCUAUCGACUAUGACGUUCCCGAGGUGCUUCCCUCCGCCUUUGCUACCUUCAACGCCCGUUUGGGACCCGGCCUCAAUGGAGCCACAGAAGAUGGAAGUCAUAGUCUGGGAGAAGGGCUUGAAGACGGUUUGUUCGUUCUUAAUGCUGACGAACUACGACAUCUAGUCAUCGGAGGGCGUACUCUUGCCUCGUACGUUUUUGGAUACACAUCCGAAUACCCUGUCCCCGAACAGGGCACGUUCUUCAAGCCAGAAAGCAAUCUUCACCAAUGCUACGCGCGCUUCUGUAACGCUUGGACCAAGAUGAAUGGAAACCUAGAGAACACUUAUGGCAGCUCUCACCCCUUCGAUGUGCUUCGCGAUGCCCUAACCGAAUGCGACCUCUGCAAGUUUUGUCGUCCCAAAGCACGGGCUCACAUCCAUGAGAUUGAACUGGAUCUUUGGAAGAAACUGCCCGCCAUAUUUGACUUGCGUGGCUAUGGAGUGUCAGAAGAUUGGGGUUCAUAG